CCGGGCUGCCGCCGCCGCUCAAUCCGUUGCAUCGGCUGCCCCCGACGCCUCCAUCCCCCCUCGGGGUCUGAUAUCCUUGCGGCCGGGACCCUCCUCUCUCCAGAGCCCCGAUUAUUUUUGGCUCCCGGGGCCUGUGCGGUGCGGAAAAAUAAAAAGAAAAGAGAGAGAGGGGGCUCGGAAGCGUCGGGCGGGGAGGAGAGAAGGAGAGACUUGGAAACUCCGACUGCAAAUAAUAAAGAAAUUGAAAGCAAUACAUUAAUAUACUAUAACACUAAAAAGAGCAGGAACGAGAGAUGAGAAAGGGGAUCCAGCCCGCCCUGGAGCAGUACCUGGUGACCGCCGGGGGUGGGGAGGGGGCGGCUGUCGUCGCCGCCGCCGCUGCAGCCUCCAUGGACAAAAGGGCACUGCUAGCCAGCCCCGGCUUCGCCGCCGCCGCUGCCGCCGCCCCGGGCGCAUACAUCCAGAUCCUCACCACGAACACUUCCACCACCUCCUGUUCCUCCUCCCUCCAAAGCGGCACGGUCGCCGCCGGCCCCCUUCUCCCCAGUGCCCCUGGCGCGGAGCAGACCGCCGGCAGCCUCCUCUACACCACGCCGCACGGACCCUCCAGCAGAGCCGGGUUGCUGCAGCAGCCACCAGCGCUGGGACGCGGCGGCGGCGGCGGCCCUCCGGCAAAGCGAAGGCUGGAGCUGGGCGAGAGCGGCCAUCAGUACCUCUCAGAUGGUUUAAAGACCCCCAAGGGCAAAGGAAGAGCUGCGCUUCGAAGUCCAGACAGUCCAAAAACUCCAAAAUCUCCCUCAGAAAAAACGCGGUAUGAUACGUCCCUGGGUCUGCUCACCAAGAAGUUCAUUCAGCUGCUGAGCCAGUCACCGGACGGGGUCCUGGACCUGAACAAGGCAGCGGAGGUGCUGAAGGUGCAGAAGAGGAGGAUCUACGACAUCACCAACGUGCUGGAGGGCAUCCACCUCAUCAAGAAGAAGUCCAAGAACAACGUGCAGUGGAUGGGCUGCAGUCUGUCUGAGGAUGGGGGCAUGCUGGCCCAGUGUCAAGGCCUGUCCAAAGAAGUGACCGAGCUCAGUCAGGAAGAGAAGAAAUUAGAUGAACUGAUCCAAAGCUGCAGCCUGGACCUCAAACUGUUAACCGAGGAUUCAGAGAAUCAAAGGUUAGCUUAUGUUACAUAUCAAGAUAUUCGAAAAAUUAGUGGCCUUAAAGACCAAACUGUUAUAGUUGUGAAAGCCCCUCCAGAAACAAGACUUGAAGUGCCUGACUCAAUAGAGAGCCUACAAAUACAUUUGGCAAGUACCCAAGGACCCAUUGAGGUUUACUUGUGUCCAGAAGAGACUGAAACACACAGUCCAAUGAAAGCAAACAACCAAGACCACAAUGGGAAUAUCCCUAAACCCACUUCCAAAGACUUGGCUUCAAACAACUCAGGACAUAGCGAUUGCUCGGUUUCUAUGGCAAACCUCUCUCCUUUGGCCUCCCCAGCCAACCUCUUACAGCAGACUGAGGACCAAAUCCCUUCCCACCUGGAAGGCCCGUUUGUGAACUUGCUGCCCCCGCUGUCCCAGGAGGACUACCUGCUGAGCCUGGGUGAGGAAGAAGGCAUCAGCGAUCUCUUCGACGCCUACGAUUUGGAGAAGCUCCCGUUGGUGGAAGACUUCAUGUGUAGUUGAUCACGCUUUGUGUGAACUCUCCUGAUAAACCGAUAUUUUUUUAUUAUGGAACCAGAGCAUCUGUCACGCAGUGUUGACCCUUCCGACCUUCUUCCUCUAAGAGAGUAUCAUGAAGUAAACUACAAACUUCGGAACAAAGCUGACAUUUUAAUGAAUUUUUUUUAAUUGUCUAAGCGCACAGUUGCAGGCUCCCUUGGGAACGCCCUGCCUUGUCCCAGGCUCUGAAAUCUCCUGGACGAGUCAGCAAGUUAGAAAAUGUGCAAUCAGGUGUCUCCCACCUGUCCUCUUCCCCUUCCCCGCCCCCUCCCGGAUUGGCUUGCUGUGCCUGACGGAUGGGCUGUAGAACGGGUCUGGCCACCGGCCCGCUGGGAAGCAGCAAUCUUCCUUAACAGCAUUUCAAGCCGUGCCUUCUCUGCAGAUGCAUGUCUUUGGGGUCUGCUAAUACGGAAUGGAAGUGCAGCAGAUGAAGUUAUGCAAAAGUAUGAGAUGGAUUUCUUCAGCUCUUCUUAGGAAUAUUUAAAUUACUGUCAUAAUUCAGUUUAAGCUAUGGACAGUGUGUCCCUCUAGGAGGCCGCGAGAUCCUCCGCAGCCUCUCGGAUGAAGAACCCGUUUCCAGAGUACUUGAUGCAGACACGGAAGCUCCUGGAGCGCCGCCGAAGCUGCCGUGGGUUUCCUGCCUCCACGCGCCACUCCCACCCCGUCCCCAGCGUCUUCGUGAGUUUCCGGUUGAUUUGUAGCAGAUGCCUACUUAGGUGUUCUCUGUGGAUUGUUCUAGACUCUCUUUUUCAGCUGCCAUUUAAGCAUUCCUGUGGCCCCCAUCACCAUUCAAUUUAAUUGUUUACUUUGAAGCAGUUUUCGCGAAUCCGUGUUUCUUUGGCAGAGGGAGAGAACCUCUACUGACCAGAGCACGCCAGCCGGUGCGGCCCAGGUCCCCGCCUCUGCGGGAAGCACGUACCGGGGGCUUCCUUUCGGGAGGGCAGCUGGGGCGUGGGCCCGCGAGGCCUGGGAAGGAGGCCGCGUGGGAGCAACGGCGCAGCCCCAGGGCGCAGCAGGCGACCCUCCGUCCCUGGGCUUCCCGGCGCGCCGGGCAAGGGCUCUUAGCCACACUCAGGGAGACCGCUUCUCAGGGUGGGGUCGAUGGAGAGGCCUGGGGAGAAGGGCACCUCCUGCCGCUGGUGGCCCUGGCCAGGACGCGCCCCUCUCCACGGAGCCCGCGGGGUGAAGGGCGUGGGAAGGUGGGAACGGGCGGAGGCCAGGCGCUCCCUCCACUGCUCCCUCCACUCCUCAGGAACGGUGCCACGCGCGUCCUGGAAUGGCCCUCCGGGGGCAGGGCCAUGGCCGUCCUGCCCCGGGAGUGUGGCGCAGUACCGCAGAUCCUCCCUGGAUGCCAGGGCUGCGGAAAUGAGGGGCCCCGACCCAAACCUCCAAGCCAACAGCUGAAUGGAAACGCUGUGUGCCCACACGGUAGGCACUCCCGCGAUGCGUCCGACCGAAUUGGAAAUGUCCCUUAGGAAAAACUUUUCUAGAACCACAAGCACCCCGGCCAGUUUACUCCAGGUAGAUGUCCCCAAUAUGCAAAGUGGUGGUGGGGUCGAGACAGAUGACACCAGCACUUUAAACUCUGUGUGUGGGUAUGCGUGGUGUGUGUUUGGGAAGAAAAACAAAGGUGCAGACUCUCUUCCUCUCUUCCUCAGCCUCCAUCCCCGGCCUCCCCUCACACACACUGGACUUGGUACGACAGCCGUGUGGUCCGAGAUGCAGCAGGGGUGGAGGAGGGCGGGGAUCUGUGUUAAGUGCCUACUGGAAAUGCACUGUGGGGAUUUCCUGUGCGGGAAACCGUUGAUGCCAAGCGUCCCCGUCCCGUGUCUAGCUCAUCUGGUUAGCUGCCCCUGCUUCCAGCUUCGUGUAAUUCUCUCCGCCAGCGGCACAGAGCUGAUUUUUUCCCAAAGUCUAAAGACUGAGCUCACCUGGCUGGGUUGUCGUGUGUUUUGUGGACUUUCUCGUUGAACCUCUUCGUAAUGUAAUGCCAUAUUUAUUGUUUUGAAAAAUUGAAAGGAAUACUAAUAAGUCUUAAGAAGUUCCUUUGUGCAUAAGUUUCCCAGUGAUGGGGCUUCCCGUCCGCCUUCCCUAGACGUCCAUGCUGUAUCUGUUUGCAUUGACCCUUUUCUCUUCACCUAGUAUCUGGCACACAAAGUGGGUUAGUACUACAGUAUUUGUGUGACUUUUAAGUACUAAGUAUGCAGGUUUCCUGGUACCAUUGAGUUGCUGCUACUAAAGCUCACACACGAAAUGGCUAAAAGUUCCGAGUGCGAAUUAUGACUGCGUGAGCCUUAGAAAAUAAAGUGUACAGAGGGCAACACUUGAGCUGUCAAACAGUGUUAGGCGUGUGUUUAUAUGUACAGAGUUGUGCAUAGUGAUCGCUUUAUUUAAGUUGAUAUGUAGCCUACUCACAUUUUCAUGAUUUAGCAAUUUUGUACAAAAAUAGCAAUUAAUUUGUAAACACUGCCAGAAUAUUUUCUAGCUGGUUUGUAAUUUUUUAAGAGUGUUACCUUGCUUUUGUUUUUGUUGUGGUCCUCGUUUUCGGUUCUGUCCUCCGUGUGGGUCUGUAAAUAGAAUGGCAGUAUUUAAAGCUUUAGCUUCAGGAAAGGAAGGAGGAACUCUGCGGCCCGGCAGGCCAAGCGUGGACCGGGAGCCGCGGCAGGAGCCCGCGGCCUCAGGGGAGGGCGUCUUCCCACGGUACGCGGUUUUGUAAAAAGGAAGUAUUUCUCCCAAGGCUGGGAGUAGGCAAACUACUAACCAGUUUAGCUUUGUGUUGUACGCUAGUUUAAAACAGAAAAUGUGUAAUAUAAUGUAAAAAAAAAAAAAACCCACAAAAAUAAAAAAACACCAAACAACAACAAAAAAAAGCUUUUAUGAUGGAUUUUGUAAAUAGAUUUGUUACAGGGUGACCUGUUCUCUAGCUGUGAUCUUACCACUUCAAAUGGAUGUAAUUUGAAUAAAUUUUGUAUGGUAAAGGAUCAAUAAAAUGAUUUUUUUUUAAGA